UUCUUCUUACCUUGAUUCACAGAAGUCUAUAGUAUCAUUCGGUAUGGAUUUUGGUGUAGGCUGAUUUUUAAGUUAAAAAAGUUCCAAAAAAGAAAUUUUAUUUCUAUAAAAAAUAAAAAAAAAAUGCUGUGAUAUUUCUGGUCCAAUAAAAAUUUACAAUAUGUAUUUUAUAUUGAUAUUAACAAUAUGUGCCGCAACCGGAGAUGCAUUACGGUUAGCGGCAUACAUUUCUUCAGGGGGUCUUCAUGGGGAAAUUCAUUUUCAACCGGGAAAUGUUGAAAAUGUGAAAAUUCGUUUUUCUCUUAAAACAACACUUCAAUAUCCAGAUCAGUUGUGGGAAUGGUAUAUCACUGAAUUUCCGGUCGAUUAUACCGGUACCAAUGAUCGUUGUGGUGAACAAAAUCUAGGAAAAAGUGUAAUAGACUUAACUGAAUUAUUGGGUCCAUUACAAAUGCCUGGUAAUGAAACAAAUUCAAUUGAAGUACCUGGACUUAGUUUCACUGGAGAAAAAGGACUUUGGGGUAAAGGUUUAAUUCUAAAAGAAGCCUAUAGUCCUCGAAUUAUUUGCGCUUCUAUAACGGUAAUGAAUAAAAAUUCAGAAAAAGUUGCUGAGGCACGUUUUCAUGGACCCAUUGCUGGAUCUAUAUGGUUUCGUUGGUUGGGUGGACAGACUGGUGAAAAUUUAACUGAAACAAUAAUUAAUACAAAUUUACAUCGCGUUGAUCAAUUAACAUCAACUGCACUCGAUUUUACGGAACAUCAUUGGAAAAUUUAUGUCACAGAUAUUUUUGAACCUGGCAGUAAAGAUAAAAGUAAUUGCAAUAUUCUUCAAACAAUUUUUGAUCCAGACAACAUAGGAGUGAAUAAAUCAAUUGGCGAUAUUGAUGUACGAUUGGGAAAAAUUAAAAUUGCUAAAGAUAUUUUUAAACGAAAGAAAACUUUUUACAGAGAUUCAAAACUCGAUCUGCUACCAAAUUAUUUUAUAGGAUCACAUCGAUUAUUAUAUUUGGUCAUUUUUCAAUCGACACACAGUGAUUCUUUUUUAGCUUGUGCCAAAAUUCAAUAUCGCAAACCAAUUGUGGCCAAGGCAAUUAUCAACUCACAAGGUAUUAAAGGAGAGGUUACAUUCAAGCAAGAUUCUCCAUUUGUACCAACUUGGUUGAAUAUCUCAUUGAAUCCAAUAAAUGAUUUGGAAACAAGAUUGAGAUACGAGACGAAAAUUGCAGCUUAUAAAAUUCAUGAAUUACCUGAAGAACCUGCAAAAUUUUUAGAACAAGUUGGUGAAUCUUGUACAACCACUAAGAAAAUGUAUGAUCCAAUGAAUAUUGACAAAAACGCUGUUCCACCACCUGGUUUUGGGACUCAAGAUCAAUACUGCAUUGGUGAUUUAUCAGGCAAACUUCAAGGUAGAAAAGAAGGAUCAAUGCAUUUUGACAUUCUUGAGGGAAGUGCCAAAUUAAGCGGACUUUAUUGGGAUACUAAUCUUCCUCUUUCUGGAUCACAUAGUGUUAUACAUCGAUCACUUGUUCUUCAUAAAUACAAUGAGACUGACAAUAAAAGUAUAAUUCCUUGGAUCUGUUCGACUAUUCUUCUUCAAUCAUUGAAAAAUUCUGGUCCACUCUCAUUGACAACAGCUCAAGUGAUAUUUCGAUAUCCCUUAGUUGGGAGAAUCAUUUUUCGUCAACCAACUGAUGAACCCGAAAUGGAUACUACAAUUUUGAUAGAAAAUCUAGUUCACGCUGAUGGUACAUCUUUGAAUAAUUCCGCUGAUCACAGAUGGAUGAUUCAUGAUUUACCACCAGGUAAAGAUUAUUACAAUUGGACAGGUAGAUGUCUUAGUGUUGGUGCACCCUUCAAUCCACAUAAGAUAGAAUGGGGUUUGAAUCAACCAAAUCAAUGUUCCGCUAGUGAGAUAACUCUUUGUAAAUUAGGAGAUUUAACAAGACACGGAAACUUGGACAUUGCAGGAAGAAAGAGUGUCGCAUCUCAAUUAACAAGAAAAUUAUUUACUGAUAGUGCUAUUUAUUUAUCAGGACCAAAUAGUAUUAUAGGAAAAAGUUUAGUUAUUUAUGAUGAUCAUGGACCAAAGGCAAGAGGAGAAAGACUUGCUUGUUCGAUAAUCAGUAGAGUAUAUAGAAGAAAAGCUGUGGUUAAAAAUUGGUUUAGUAAUAGUGAGCCUAAGACUGCAGGAGGAAAAUUAGAAUUUAUACAACAAAAUGAAUAUGAUUUAACGGACGUUGAAGUAAAUUUAGAAGGUUUAUCAAAAAUAAUGAGUGGAUAUCAUAUUCAUAUGACGCCUAUUGAAAUGGAUUUGGAAUUUCCCUGUGAAGAGUCAUCCCUUUACGGUCACUGGAAUCCUUUAAAAGUCGAUCCUAAAAAUAUACCUCUCUCGGAAACUGGUACAACUGAUCAUUAUGAAAUGGGAGAUUUAAGUGGAAAAUUCGGCACUUUAGAUAAUAGAAAUAAAUACAUUACUACUUAUAAUGAUACAAUGUUACCAUUAUUUGGUCCAAGAAAUAUUUUAGGUCGGAGUGUAGUAAUUCACAAAAAGGAGAAAAAUUUGAGAUGGUCUUGUGCUACAAUUGAAAGAGGAUAUGCUCCUUCGGAAGCACGAGAAUUGAGAGCUAUUGCAUCUUUUCAUCAUCCACAAGGUUUCGCAUAUGGUUAUAUAAGAAUGACUCAACUUAUAUACAGAGAUAAUAGUCAAAGUGAAACGACUAUUGAAGUUAAAUUAAGACAUCCUGGUGAGAAUGAUCGAAAUAUUACAAGAAAUCAUAAUUGGGCAAUUUAUGUGAAUCCCGUUGGAGUUGAUGCAUCUGUGAAAAUAAAAGACACUAGAUGUGUGGCCGCUGGUUACAUAUGGAAUCCAUAUUUUACUCAACUAGCAGAUCCAUUAAAUGAAGAUUUAUAUAGACAAGAAUGCGGUGCCGAUCUACCAUUGAGAUGUUAUGUAGGAGAUAUUUCCGCUCGUUUGGGACCAAUUGAUAUAGGACUUGAAAGGCGUGUUUUCACUGAUUCAAACUUUCCUUUAGAAGGCACUGUUUCAGCUAUGGGAAAGUCGAUUGUUAUUAUGGAAAAAGAUUUUGGAAGCACUCGUUUUGCAUGUGCAAAUAUUGAACCAGAUCAUGACAUUGUCAAAUAUAUUAAUAUAAAGAGACCACCACGUUUUGUUGUAGCUCAAUUUUUGGAAACUGUGAGAGAAGUGAUGGGAGUUCCUGACUGGAUGCUUUCUGUCGAUAGUAGAAAAACAAAAAUACUCCACAAUGGAGGAUGUAUACAAUUUUUAUUACACUUUAGAGGCCCUAUUGCAAAUAAAUUAGAUCAAGACUUUGGUAAAUUAAUAUCAACUGGCAAAUUGGAAACUGCUAGUUUGUACAUUCCAGGAUAUGUGCCGAAAAAGAGAAAGGGUUCUUUUGGUUAUAAACAGUGUGGAUUUCGUGAUCCUAAUGAAAAAAAAAAUACCAAUUAUUUCUUCCAAAGUGAUGCUUCUACGGUACGAUCGCGCUUAGUUAUAAUUUUUAUUAGUUCGUUACUAACGUGCGUACAGUUUAAAACAAUUAUCUUAUAACAGUUUCAUAUUUUUAUAAAUAUACAUUUUUACAUUACUAA